AUGGGCAGAGAAAUCGUACACCUUCAAACAGGUCAAUGUGGUAACCAAAUUGGUUCUAAAUUCUGGGAAACACUGAGCGAAGAACACGCCAUCGACGAAUCAGGUGCUUACUACGGAGACAUUGACCAACAACUCGAACGUAUCAACGUCUACUAUAACGAGGCCGCAGAGAAGAAAUUCGUGCCACGCUCUGUCCUUGUCGAUUUGGAACCAGGUACUAUCGAAACCGUGCAAGCGAGCUCAAUCGGAGGCUUGUUCAGACCAGACAACAUGAUCUUCGGUCAGUCCUCCGCUGGUAACAACUGGGCUAAAGGUCACUACACGGAGGGUGCUGAACUCGUUGACCAAAUUCUCGAUGUCACGCGUCGCGAAGCUGAGAACUGCGAUUGCCUGCAAGGUUUCCAGAUCGCUCACUCUCUCGGUGGUGGUACUGGUUCCGGUCUCGGUACUCUCCUCAUUUCCAAGAUCAGAGAAGAGUUCCCUGACCGUAUGAUGGCCACUUUCUCUGUCGUACCAUCACCAAAGGUAUCAGACACUGUCGUUGAACCAUACAACGCUGUUCUCUCUGUCCACCAAUUAGUCGAAAACUCGGAUCUUACUUUCUGUAUUGAUAAUGAGGCACUCUAUGACAUUUGCUUCAAGACUCUUAAAAUGUCUACACCAAACUACGGUGACCUCAAUCACCUCGUUUCUAUGGUCAUGUCUGGUGUUACCACCUGUCUUCGUUUCCCAGGUCAACUCAACUCUGACUUGAGAAAAUUGGCAGUCAACAUGGUUCCAUUCCCACGUCUCCACUUCUUCAUGGUCGGAUACGCUCCACUUACAGCAAAGGGUACCUCACAAUUCAGAGCCGUCUCCGUACCAGAACUUACACAACAAAUGUUCGAUGCGAAGAACAUGAUGGCUGCAUCUGACCCUAGAAACGGUCGCUACUUGACAGUCGCCGCUUACUUCCGUGGUAAAGUGUCAAUGAAGGAAGUCGAGGAACAAAUGCAAGCAGUGCAAAACAAGAACUCAGACUACUUUGUUGAAUGGAUUCCAAACAACAUACAAACAGCACACUGUGAUAUUGCUCCAAAGGAUACAAAGAUGGCAGUUACCUUUAUUGGAAACACUACAUCUAUCCAAGAGCUCUUCCAUCGUGUCAAUGAUCAAUUUAGCGCUAUGUUCCGUAGAAAGGCCUUCUUGCACUGGUACACAGGAGAGGGUAUGGAUGAAAUGGAAUUCACUGAAGCUGAAUCAAACAUGGCGGAUCUUCUAUCAGAAUACCAACAAUAUGAAAAUGCAGGUGUUGAAGAGGAGGAAUAUUACGAAGAAGAAGUUAUGGAAGAUGAGUGCGGUAAUCAAAUUGGUGCCAAAUUCUGGGAUGUAAUCGGUGAAGAACACGGUCUUGAUGGCGCAGGUAACUACAAAGGUGAUAUUGAUGAACAACUCGAACGUAUCAACGUUUACUACAACGAAGCUCAAACUGGUAGAUAUGUCCCACGUGCUGUCCUCGUCGACUUGGAACCAGGCACUAUGGACGCGAUCAAGUCUUCAUCUCUCGGUGAUCUCUUUAGACCAGACAACAUGGUUCACGGCCAAUCUGGUGCUGGUAACAACUGGGCCAAAGGUCACUACACUGAAGGUGCUGAACUUGUUGACUCUGUUCUCGACGUUCUUCGCAAGGAAGCUGAGGCUACUGACUGUCUUCAAGGUUUCCAAAUUACCCACUCUCUAGGUGGUGGUACUGGUUCUGGUAUGGGUACCCUCCUCGUUUCCAAGAUCAGAGAAGAGUUCCCUGACCGUAUGAUGGCCACUUUCUCUGUCGUACCAUCACCAAAGGUAUCAGACACUGUCGUUGAACCAUACAAUGCUGUUCUCUCUGUUAAUCAGCUUGUCGAAAACUCAGAUGAGACAUUUUGUAUUGAUAAUGAGGCACUCUACGACAUUUGUUUCAGAACUCUCAAGCUGUCCACACCCACUUAUGGUGACCUCAAUCACCUCGUUUCAAUUGUCAUGUCUGGCAUCACCACUUGUCUUCGUUUCCCAGGUCAACUCAACUCUGACUUGAGAAAAUUGGCAGUUAACCUGGUACCAUUCCCACGUCUCCACUUCUUCAUGCUUGGAUAUGCGCCAUUAACAGCUAGAGGAUCACAACAAUACAGGGCAGUUUCAGUACCUGAACUCACCCAACAGAUGUUCGACGCGCGCAACAUGAUGGCAGCUUCAGAUCCAAGAUCCGGGCGCUAUCUCACUGUCGCCGCUUACUUCCGCGGUAAAGUGUCUAUGAAAGAAGUUGAAGAUCAAAUGAACAACAUGCAAAAUAAGAACUCUGACUACUUUGUCGAGUGGAUUCCAAAUAACGUUCAAACUGCUUUAUGUAAUGUCGCACCAAAGGGUUCUAAGAUGUCGGCUACUUUCAUCGCUAACACUACAGCUAUUCAAGAUUUAUUCAAGCGUGUACAUGAUCAAUUCAGCGCUAUGUUCCGUAGAAAGGCUUUCUUGCACUGGUACACAGGAGAGGGUAUGGAUGAAAUGGAAUUCACUGAAGCUGAAUCAAACAUGCAAGAUCUUAUCUCUGAAUACCAACAAUAUGAAUCUGCUGGUAUUGAUGAGGAUAUUGAGGAAGAGUAUGUUGAAGAGGGUGUUGAGGAGUAUGUUGAGGAGUAA